AUUGGCUGAACGCUAAGCUUCAUAAAAACAUUACUGCAGUGUUAAAAAUUACAAAAUGACAUUGGCUUCAAUUCAUCUACUUCUGACCUUAACUGCUCUUCUGAUCUCUAAAACAGAUUAUGUCUCUCACAGUGGACAUGCACCUACGAUGACAAUUUCAGACCCCUCCAUGAUUUCCAAGUGGGAGAACUUGCAAAAUAGCAGGGUGUUCAAAUACUUAUUUUCCUCACUGUACGUAUCUAAACCGGCGAGCAAUGGGAGGGAGAGUGCCCUGGACUCGGACAUGGCGAUGAUCCACGAUGGAGGAUGGGUCCUUUGCUGAAAAUCAGCCCAAGUCUCUUUCUGUGAAGUUAGGAAACAGCAUUCAAAUGGACAUAAAUAAAAAUUCAAUACCACCGUUUGAUGAAUUAAUCUGGACGUUUUUCAGUAAUUAUUCAAAAACCAUUGUCACAUAUCAUUAUGAGACUAAGGAAAUUGACCCAGAUACUGCUUACAAAGACAGGGUGGAUUUCAAUGAUCAAAACUUCUCCCUUACCCUGAAGAACAUGCAGAAGAAUGACUGUGGACUCUAUGGUGCAAUUACAAUUGGAGAUAGGACCACACAUGUUGGCGAAUACAAUGUAUCUGUUGUUGAAAACCAUGGAUCACCCACAGCCAUUUUUCUACCCUGGAUAUUAUUUCCCUCUAUGUUGACUGCAAUGAUAAUGAUAUAGCCAAUAAUUCAAUCCAAAGACUUUAGUCACUAAUCUUACAGUUCAUACAAAAUCUUUAUUUAAACACUGACCCUUAGUUUAGUUUAAUAAUUUUAAACCAUGAAUUGCGCUAUACAUAUUUAAUAUUGGCAUUAUAUUCAUAAUGUUAACCAGAGGAGAACUGGCCCCACAUUGAGUAUGGUUUCUCCCAAGGUUAUUUUUCUCCAUUAACCAACAUUGCUUGCUCACUGGGGUUAUAAAUUUAAUUAUUUUUAAACCCAAUUAAAAAUCAUAUUUUAUCAAACUACACAAUGAUGACUAUAAGACAUUAUAGAUAUUUGUUUUGUUAAAGGAGUUAUACAAAUAAAAAUGACUUGACUUGACAAUUGAACUAUUGUCACAAAAGAAAAAAUAAAUAAAAUAAUUUAGUUUCCUCAAAAUAAAAAUCAAUAGUUCAGCAAAAUUUGUAACGACUACUGUUUAUUUAUAACAUACUAAAUAGAAUGUAAAAUUAUUAGAGGAAUUCUCAUUUCUUUUUUAAAUUGCUUUUAAUAACAGGGCACAGACUUCAUGUUAAUUCUAAAGAAACAUAAAAGUCUCAGAUUUAUUACAGGAAUUCCUUUCAACAAAGACAUUAUUUGCCUAGAAAACAAAAUUCAGAUAUAAAUUUUAAGACAACGAUGUAAAAAAGAACAUUCCACUUCUGUCACUCACUCGACGUUGUGUCGGUCAGGGAAUGUUAGUUCUUUAGAAUGAUAAGAAAAUAAUGACAACAAUUUGUACUCAAUAAAUCAUG